UAUCGAUAUAAUUCUUCUACGACUGCUUGUGCCUCAAUUGGGUCGAGAUGGCCAAGCUCCCAAAGGUACCGAAGCGGAUACCGCCCAAGCCGCGCGUGGCACUGACCCAUUCGCCGCGGUCACGACCGCAGUAUCCAGGACCCCGACCAAGUCCACGAGGCAUCAAUCCGUCUGACACUGAACUGCGAAGGGUCGCGAAGGAAGUAUGGGCAGAACGUCCCAAAAUAUCAGACAUUCGUAUGCUGUCUGAAGAGCAGAAACAUGCACCGUCGUACAUCAACAGGUUGCAGCGCUGGCGGCAAAUACCCAUCUUUCUCGGUGGGCUAACAGCCUUUGGUUUGGGCGUGUACUGUGUCCAGCUCUACUAUUCGGUAUCCAAUGCGGAAGUACCAGAGAACCUACCGGAGGACUUCAUCGACCGAUUCGAUAAGGAGGCCGACGGCUACGACGAGAAAGUCAACACGGCAGAGACGCUGCUCCUUCUCAACAAGCGGCGGAAGGACAUGAUGAGGAAGGUGCGCGGUCACGUACUGGAAGUCGCGGUGGGCACGGGCAGGAACAUUCCAUUCUAUCCCACCAAGCAGUGCGCUACAGUGACGUUGCUGGACUACAGCGCGCCUAUGCUGGCGGUUGCGAAAAGGAAAUGGAAGGAUACGCAUCCGGAGUUCUUCAGUCGCGUCUUCUUCAAGCACCAGUCUGCGCUUGAGCCUAUCAUUCCGCCGUUCGAUGCACAGCAGGGGUACGAUACUGUGAUCCAAACAAUGGGGGUCUGCUCAACGCCGGACCCCGUGAAGCUCCUGCACAACCUCGAAGCUGCGACGAAGGAGGACGGUGGGCAGAUAUUGCUCCUCGAGCACGGCAAGUCGCACUACCAGUGGCUCAACAACCUGCUCGACAAGACUGCUCCUGGUCACGCCGAUGCUCAUGGAUGCUUUUGGAACAAGGACAUUGGGAAGAUUGUCGAGGAAAGCGGGCUUGAGGUUGUCAACAUGAAGCGAUACAACCUCGGCACCACCUGGUGGAUAGAGCUUCGUCCCAGGCAAGGGCGAGGAUACAAGCAAGCGCCUUCACCCUUUGUUGGGGGCGAGAAGACUGUUGUGUCACAAGCGCCCGACUCAGUGGUUCUACAGCGGCCGUGGUGGAGUCUUUGGGGGUAACUAGCAAACACAGCAUGUUAGCUGUGCAGCUGCAGUGCAGCCGUUGAAAAGCGGAUAUCGUCGUCGGAAAGACGACAGCUCGUUUGUACACUACAAGAUACCUGCGGAGCCAGCUCCAUCGUGUCGCCUCCGACACUGUGGGGAAGAUGCGGAUGAGGGGCAAACCGCCCCGAUGAGAACAUAGUUGCAACUCAAGCGAGAGAUCUGGAGAUCAAAGAUCCUCCACAUUCCAAUCCAACAAGACUA